AUGUUCAAGAUUGAGGAAUUAUACGCAGUAGAAGAUGAACGAUGUUGUGAUCAAUCCAAGGACAUCAAAAUUCUUUUACUAGGUAGAGCCGGAACUGAAAAAUCGACAUUUAUUAAUGGUUUACUGAAUUAUAUUUGUAAUGAUACGUUAACACAAACAGUUCAAGACGAAUUUCAAGUUGCGAUUCCAUCAACAUUUUCCUAUACGGAUGAUGACGCGAAAGUAGAUCGAGUCAUUCGAAUUGGCGAUACAAAAGCUUCCAAGAAAUCCUAA